AAAUGCUGUCUAAAAGGAAGGUUUCAUCUUAAAAUCAAGAGGAAUCAUCUAAUUCUAUAGAGAAAUUAUGCAAUAAAAUUCGUAAAGUAAUAGUGAGUGAUAUUGGUGAAAAAUAUAUCCAAAAUCACUCUGAAAAAGGAUUAAGAAAAAAAAGUACCAAACAUAAAGCUAAGAGGUAAGUUGAAUAAUAAAUAAUUGAAACCUAACUAAAAGAUCCUGUUGAGGUAGAAGAAUAACUAUCUUCAAUAUAAGCAAUAUCUGAGUCUUAAUCAUCAGGAUUUGAAGAACUAUUUGAUCAAAUAGAUAAGCGAAAUACCCAUUAAGAAAUUGAAUGA